AUUUUAAGAGGCUUUCUAUGAUUGAUGUUGAAACCACCAAAGUGGCUUUGGUUUUUGGAUCUUACUGUUGGUAUCGUAUUCGUUUCCGGUAUUGCAUCCUUUGUUGUUUGGCGACGUUCGGAAGAUUUCAGAAAGAGUACUUUCUCCCAUGUGCCACGAAUUGCUGAUUAUUUUUAUCGGGCAGAAGAUAUAAUUGGUGGACAGCUUCGAGGCACACGUUUAAAGAGGAAAGAUUACCACAGUUGGUUUCCGGAAGAAGACGACAAGCAGUGACUUCUUGAUUACUCCGUUAUGAUAAUCAAACUCUCUCAUAUUAAAGCUUGUAUGCUCCCUGUUGGUUUUUUAUCUGGUAUGUCAGCUUGUGUGGUAUAUGAAAAUUGGAAGAAGAGACAGCCUUCAAAAGCAAUGCCAAUUCAAAGUUUGGGACGUUUUGAGAGAAUGAUGGAAUCUAUGGAAGGAUCUAUGAUGCGGUCUAAAACCAAUAACUGAUUUGAUUAGCUUCGUUACGUGAGGCAAUAUGUAGAACCUUUAUAUAUUCUACUUAUUGAAUUCCUCAAGUAUUUGACUCAUCAUUUCCAAAUAAUUUUAUUUUGAAUAUGAACAAAAAAUGAGGGACAAGUUUUCAAUGGCUUGUACUUUCCAUGAAUAAAGUUCUUAUUCGUCCUGCUGAUAUAAGUUGCAUAUAUGACGAUAUGCCCUGAUAAAGAACCAUUCGGAUAUACUUUCCGCUUUCACUGCAUUUUGUUCGAAGAGAAGAGGAAAAUCUUCAGUUUUUUUUCCACGUUUAUGCAAUCCAUCACAGUAUUCUGCGAGC